UUAGAAAGAGGAAGUGAGGAACUAAAAAAAAAACGUUUCCAUUUCCUCAUGCCACGGGUUUCCCCAGGUGCAAUCGGCUCAAUAUAUAGUAGACCGGUGAGGAUGAUUGCAAGUCAAUACAAAAAGAGAUUCCCUCGUAAACAGUCAGUCAGACGCAAAGAAGAAACCGAGGAUGGACUUGAAACAGAUUCUCAUCUUUGGGCUUUUGCUCGUGCCCGUGUGGACGAAGUGCUAUCAAGACGACCGCGAACUGCAGGAGGCAGCAGAGAGGAGGCUGAAGAGCCGCUACCCGCGGCCUACAGAGCGUCCGGCUACCGCGGCCCCUGACUCACCUGCCUCUUGCCCCGUGGAGCAUUUCCCUCAGAAGUCGAAUGACCUCGGCGACAGGUCCCUGUCCCCCUGGAGAUACGUACUUGUAACAAAGAAGGAUCACUUUCCUUCCACCUAUGCCGAGGCUCAGUGCCUGUGUUCAGGAUGCAUCCUGAUCCAGAACAAGAGCCCCCCAAUGGAGAGCCACGACUACAACUCACACCCUGUAACCCAGAGCAGGGUGUUUCUCAAAAAGGAGCCCUGCGAUGGUGGGAAGAAAUACCAUUUGAAGGAAGUUACUGUUAAGGUAACUGUGGGCUGUACCUGUGUCAGAGCCAAUACCUCCUCCUAGAAGGGAUCCAAUCCAGACCUGCUGUCACAUUGGCACACUACAAUUCAUGUUGUGUUUGUUUUAAAAUGCAUCAAGUUCUUUAGAAAGUCUAACUCAGGGGGUGUCAGGUCCUACAUAUAUCAGUGCAGAGCGAACAAUGGCCCAGCAUGCUCUCUGAUUCUCUGAGUUUAACUUGGACUCAUGACAGUGCCACACCUUAAUACACUGCCGACACCCCUGGGAUAAUUUACGAGGCUUCAAAAGUCAGAAGGUACAUGAGCCUGUUUUUGUUGGCUUAUUUAUUGUCAUAAUGGAUGACAUCAUAAUCGAUAGAUCUAUUAAUGUGUGUUUUGUAGGUCUUUAUAGGCCGCCUGCUCUUAAUUCUGACAGGUUUACAGGUCUGCCAAGUGCAGCUAUUAUGUAAACUGGGCAGUUUCAUAUUGAUGGCCUCGCCAUCGAGGUCAAUAGCUAUUGUAUAGUUUUGUAAAAUAAUAAUUUAACCGCUAAUAAUAUUUGAAUAAUUAUCUAUUUAUUUGUUUUGGGUUUUUUUGUGUGUGAAAUGUUUGGGCAUUUGAAUGCUUUAGAAUGCUGAUGAGUGAAUGAGGAAAACUUUGUAUUUAUUUAUGUUAUCUGAUGAUAUCUUGCAGGUU